AUGGAGGAGGAGAGUGAUACCCGGAAAAUUAACAACAGCUUCCUUCGCGACCACAACUAUGCAACCGAAGCUGACAUUAUCUCUACUGUGGAGUUUAACUCAUCGGGGGAGCUGUUGGCCACUGGAGAUAAAGGAGGCAGAGUGGUUGUCUUCCAGAGGGAACAGGAGAAAGCAGGUCAAUCUCUAAUUAGCUUUCUCCCUUUGCAGAGUAAGAGUCAGCCCCAGCGUCGAGGGGAGUACAAUGUUUACAGCACAUUCCAGAGCCACGAGCCAGAGUUUGACUACCUGAAGAGUUUGGAGAUUGAGGAGAAGAUCAACAAGAUCAAAUGGCUUCCUCAGCAGAACGCCGCUUACUUUCUGCUCUCCACCAACGACAAGACGGUUAAGCUGUGGAAGAUCAGCGAGAGAGACAAGCGUCCGGAGGGCUACAACCUGAAGGAUGAGGAUGGACGGAUCAGGGACCCGUCGACCAUCACGUCGCUACGGGUGCCGGUGCUGCAGCCUAUGGACUUGAUGGUUGAAGCUACAGCCAGGCGAGUAUUCAGCAAUGCCCACACGUACCACAUCAACUCCAUCUCUGUCAACUCCGACCUUCAGACGUACAUCUCCACUGAUGACCUCAGGGUGAACCUGUGGAACCUGGAGAUCACUGACCGCAGCUUCAACAUUGUGGACAUCAAACCGGCCAACAUGGAGGAGCUCACCGAAGUGAUCACCUCAGCAGAGUUUCACCCACAGCACUGUCACACCUUUGCCUACAGCAGCAGCAAGGGCUCUAUACGCCUCUGUGACAUGAGACAGGCCGCUCUCUGUGACAAACACUGCAAAUACUUUGAGGAGCCGGAGGAUCCCUCCACUCGUUCCUUUUUCUCUGAAAUCAUCUCAUCCAUCUCUGACGUCAAGUUCAGCCACAACGGGCGCUACCUGAUGACAAGGGACUACCUCACUGUCAAAGUGUGGGACCUUCAAAUGGAGAACAAACCACUUGAGACAUACCAGGUUCACGACUAUUUACGGGGAAAACUUUGCUCUCUGUAUGAAAAUGACUGCAUCUUUGACAAGUUUGAGUGUGUCUGGAAUGGCUCAGAUAGUGUCAUCAUGACUGGCUCCUACAAUAAUUUUUUCCGAAUGUUUGACCGGAACACCAAACGGGACGUCACACUGGAAGCAUCCAGAGAGAACAGCAAGCCCAGAGCCAUUCUCAAGCCUCGCAAGGUGUGUGUGGGAGGGAAACGUCGUAAGGAUGAGAUCAGUGUUGACAGCUUAGACUUCAGCAAGAAGAUACUUCACACUACGUGGCACCCACAUGAGAACAUCAUCGCAGUGGCAGCCACCAACAACCUCUACAUCUUCCAAGACAAGGUCAACUAA